UGGUGUUCAAAUGAAAAAUGAAAAAAUAAAUAAGUUGUAAACUUAUAUCGUGAAUAUUAUACAGCAUAUAACACAAGAGAAAAUAGCACUAUUUAAUAUUGAAUUAAGUGAGUUAAUGAUUGAAGAUAUUAUGAUCGAUGAUUGCAGCUAAAUAAUAGUAAACAAUUUUGUUUCUUCUCCAAAAUGGCAACUUUAUUUCAAACUGAACUUUUAGCGGCUUUAAAAAACAGAAAACAUCUGUCAGAACUGAAAAAAACAUUUGUUCGGCCUUUGAUACAAAUUGCUGUAAAAGCAAUAGAACAGGAAUAUAUAGAAGAGGGCGUUCUAGACAGAAUUAGUCAAAAAUAUAAUAUACCUUCGGAAGAUGUGGAUGAAUAUUUUUCAACUGUUUUUACUAUCUUAAAAGUAUAUUUUAAAUAUGUAUCGUGUUCUGUCAAACCAACAGAUUUCAAACAAACUUUAGAAGAAUUAAAAUGUUUUCUUUCUUCAGAUUGCAUUGAGGAUUUAUAUACCGUUAUAUCUGGUCAAAAGAAAUCAGAUUUACUUGCAGGUUUAAUAAAAAAAACUAAGUUUUUUCCACGUUUGAUAUCAUGCAAAUGGCGCAUAGAUGUUAUUAUAUCAUCAAAUGUUUUAAGCAGAGUGCUGGAACCAUGUAUUAUAAUGGAAUGUAUAUUUGAUACUGGAGAAAUUCAUACGUUCGAACUUUCUUUAAUACAAUUUCAUCGUUUCAGACAUGCUGUAGCAAGUGUUCUUGUAGAGAUACAAUCGUUGGAACAACGUAAUUCUUUAAAAACUAUACAGCAUAGCUGACGAUUGUACAGAAAGCAAUAAAUGCUAUUAUAAAAUUACUAUAUUCAAAAAAAGUAUUUGUAAAAUAUAGUAAUACAAUUAUUAGAUCAUAAUAUAAUUGCAAUCACUAUUAGUUAUAAUCGUAUUAGAAAUUAUAAUAAUUCUAUUUUUAAUUGCAAAUAUUGCAAUUAAAAUUAUGUAAUAUCUGUUAUUUU